AUGUCUCGUUCCUUUACUAACGGGUUAAUCUUAAUACUGGCAUUAUUCGCCUUACUAACCAGCGCAGCGAAAUCCACCAACUCAUGUCCUAAACUCAGGCCACGAAGUAAUAGCGACACCUCACGUUACAUUAUAAUUCUGGGCUCCGAAAAAGCGCAAUCGCAUUUUGACUUUUUGAAAAAUUGUUAUGGGAAGCGUGUGGAGAAAGUUGACCAUGGUCCAUGUUCAACCGAUCCAGAUGUGAUUUCUGAUUUCUCGGCGCCGGGAUGUAUAACUGGGUACACGGGAAAUUUUGGAUCGGAGGAGACAAAUGAAUUAUCCAAAUUGCCGGAAGUUUUUAUUGUUGAAAAGGAUACAAAGGUCCAAAAGACUGACGAAAAUUGGAUGAGAGUUGUGCGAGAUUUACGGAAGAAAAAAAUGCGAAAGUCGCCACCACAUGAUUCACAUAAGAAAAAAGCGCCGCCACAUGAUUCACAUAAGAAAAAAGCGCCACCACAUGAUCCAAAAGCGCAAAAUGUGCCACAAUAUAAUACGCAGUCGAAUGCUCCGGCGGAUUUGAACCGAAUCAGUCAGGCCAAUCUUCCUCUGAAUGGAAAUUAUGUAUAUCCAACAUCCGCAGGACAAGGAGUAAACGUCGGAGGAAAAAUUUAUGGUGUCGCCAAAAAAGUAAAUCUAUAUGCCGUCAAAGUUCUCAACUCCCAAGGUGCCGGGGACCUAUCGACAGUGAUUGUCGGGUUGAACUAUGUUCUUCAAUUGCAUAAGAAAUACCCCAAUCAAAACACUGUUGUCAACAACUCAUUAUCUCUAGUAGCCGCCGUGAACUCUUUAACCAAUAACGGAGUUCACGUGGUAACUGCAGCAGGAAAUGGUUAUGGGGCCGACUCGUGCACGUACUCACCUGCAAAUGCCCCCACGGCCAUCAGUGUUGGAUCCAUUGAAAGUGAUGAUUCUGUCAGCAAUUUUUCGAACCUCGGCAAAUGCGUCACUUUAUUUGCUCCAGACGGACCGAACGGUAAAAUUAGUACACUUGAAGAAUCGGGAACCAGUCAAUCGUCACCACACGUAGCCGGUACCGUAGCACUAGUCAUAGCUCAGCAUGGCAACAUGUCUCCGACCAACAUGAAGAACUACCUCAUUAACCUGUCUACCAAGAACGUGAUAACGGGUCUUGAUUCGACUACUCCGAAUAGACUUUUGCGCAUACCACACUCGUAA